AUGCGGCUCCUUACAGCCUUCGGCCUCCUAACCACGACCUUAGCUAGCUUUACUACUGCUGCAGGCACAUGCAAGCAGGGCACAAACUUCUGCGGCUACCAGCUCUUUCCGUUCGUACAGAGUUCUAAAGCCCUUUAUAAACAUCACCAUCACAAUCAUGUUUUCACCAAUGUAAACAGACCUGAUAAUAAUAACCGUUCUUAUUCAGGGUUUAAUCGAAGCGACUACGUCGCAGCCCUAAAAGCCGCUAACCAACUAACCAACGCCAUCAACUUAAACAAGUUGCUAUUCGUAUGUGGAGCGGAUAACAAACUGCAGUAUGCAAAGACGUGCGGUAUCACGUGCUCGGCGGUAGGAAUGCGGGUAGUAGGGAUGCUUUCUACGACGUGGUAUGGAGGCGAAGAGGCUUCGCAAGCCAUAACUCCUACGCCCCCGCCUAACCCUCUGAAUAUCGGAGUCUGUCGCCCCUAG